GUGUGUGUGUGUCUUUGUAGGCCCGCCGGUCACGGGUCUCUGUCUUUUUUCUUCUUACUCACCCAACCUAUUCCCUCUCUUUCCCUAAAUAAAAGCACAGACGUAAGCAGAUUAAAGCGGGUGCAAAAAUUACAGCAUAACAAACAAGUCAACCAACCCAUAAAACGUAAAAACAGGCAUAAGCAACAUACACCUCUUCUCCCGCAAAUAUGGCUGAAAGUCCAAGCUCAUCAUUACUUGCGUCUCCGAAACUGUACAAACCUUCCUCAUUAGUUUCGACGCAUUCAGCAUCUUCUGCUCGAUCCGAUCAAAAAACUAUUUUUGACAUCAUCUACUCGCCCAUAAAAAAUUCGACCGACUUUUAUGGAGCUAGUUUGGAACAGCAGCCAUCGCAAGUGACACAGCAGAAGCCAACCAUCCAGUCCGGUGGCUGCGUACACCUCACAAAACUCAAGCAAGAAUAUAUAGACCAGAAAAAUGGAGGAGGAGGAGGAACGAUGAACAACAUUUUUGACAAUUAUCGAAUACUGAUUCAAUAUUCCAUGUUAUGGCAUCAAUCUAAAAAGUCGAAAGCAGCGUCUUCAGUCGACGGUGACAACAGGAGUCAUAGUAGCAACGGUAAUAACACUAUCCACUCAAAGACAAGGAAACAUAACGAGCUGCCUAUUCCCGAAUGUAGUACAUGUCUGUACCCUUUAUCCCAUUUACAUGCUUGCUUACACUGCGUUUAUUUUGGAUGUUGGAAAAAGGGCCAUAUAAAGCAGCAUCAAAAAGAAAAGAAGCAUACAUUUGCUAUGGACUUUAAUAGAUAUACCUUGUUCUGCUCUGAAUGCGAUGACUAUAUAUAUGAUGUGGAAUUAGAGGAAACAAUCAUAAAUUUUGAGAGAUACACAAAAUUAGGAAGGAAAAGACAACGCGUCCAGCCUUGGGAGCCAACCAGGAAGGACAUUAACUCAAUCACACAUUAUUCGACCUUGUCUUCCUGUCAAGGUAUUCGAGGACUAUGUAAUAUGGGCAACACCUGUUUCAUGAACGUCAUUUUGCAAAGUUUGAUCCAUAAUCCAUUGCUCAAAGCCUACUUUCUAAGUGACCGACAUAACUCUAAAACCUGCCAGAAGCAGCACUGCAUGUGCUGUGAGAUGAACGAUCUAUUUGCAGAGUUUUAUGCAAACGACAAGAAGCCCUACGGACCUUGCCGAUUUUUACAGUCCAUGUGGAUGAGUAUGAAAGAGUUGGCAGGUUAUGCCCAGCAAGAUGCCCAUGAAUUUUUCAUUAGUGCUCUAAAUAACAUUCAUGCUGGCUGUGAAGAACAUAAACUAGGUACCAACUGCGAGUGCAUCAUUCAUAAGACAUUUGCUGGGUUAUUACAGUCCAAUGUUACUUGUCUAAAAUGCAAAAAUGUGACAACGACGUAUGACCCCAUGUUGGAUAUCAGUUUAGGCAUGCUAAAAACUCCCAAAUCCCUUGCUACUGAGAAAAGGAAGAAUCACCAUCAUAGUCACAGUGAUAGUAAGAAGGGUAAUGCUAGUAUUGGCUCAUCAAAAUAUAAUGAAUUUGAACGGAGAAAAAGUCGCGACGAGCAGCAUCAUAAGCAUGGUAAUACCUUACUAGAUUGUUUAGAUAGAUAUACACAACCGGAGAAAUUGGGCUUGAAUGAGUACAGUUGUAGUAAGUGUGGAAAUACUUUUCAGGAGGCUACGAAGCAACUGUCGUUCAAGCGUUUACCGCCAGUGUUAAGUAUUCAAUUGAAACGGUUCGAACAUGGUUUGACUUCAAGUAAAAUUGAAACCAAAAUAAGAUUCCCAGUUGAACUAAAUUUGACACCAUAUACAACUUCGAAAGAUAAAGAAGAAGACAACAUUUACACUCUAUUUGCAGUGGUAAACCACCAGGGUAAAAUGGAUACAGGGCACUAUACAAUGUAUGCUAAACAUAGAAAUGAAUGGUUUCGCUUCGAUGACCAUAAUGUCACCACGGCGUAUCAAAAAGAAGUUUUAGACAGUAAAGCAUAUAUGUGCUUUUACAUCAAAAAAUCUUUAGAGUAUGAACACGUAGACCCCUUCAAAUUUGAAUAAAUGUACUAAAUUAAGACGCCUCAUUCAAAAAUAAAGUAAAGUUGGCAUGUUGUUAUUGUAACAUGAUGUAGAUCCCGCUUUGUUCUAUAUAUGAGCUAUGUUUAUU